AUGGCAUUGCAGCAUCAGGAGGAGGGCACCAUCUGCGCAACCAGCCAGCAGCAAAGCAGAACCAAUGGGGAUGAAGAGAGCAGCGGCAGCGAGUGCUGGACACCAAAAGUGGGUUGGUACAGGAGCGCUUCUCAAUCUGGCAGCAAGGACAAGGCCUCAGUCAGGAACGAUACACCAAUUGACAUUGUGCAGCAUCGGGCCCACCUCGACAUUCUCAAGGUCAAUGCAGGAGCUUCACCUGCCGCCAUCAGGCGGGCCUUUCUCAGGAGGGCAGUGGAGGAGCAUCCAGACAAGGGUGGAUCGGCCGAGGCGUUCGCGCAAGUGCAGGCUGCUUACCGCGCCCUCAGCAUGCAUGCAGGCCCGUGA